AGCGCACAAGAGUUCACGGAGGCGUGGACCUUCUUGGCAAGGAUGCUAGCGUCAUCCAACGACAAGUCUAUGGCCAUCGACGUUGCUCGCACCGCCCUCGACGCGUUCUGCGAUCCUCGCUCGAACGCUGAGGCCCGCGGCAGCAUGGCCGGCAGCAUGUACGAGCUGCUGCAACGGCUCGACGCCGCCGAUGCCCAGCGCGUUGCGGCCAUCAUCGCCGAAGAGACGCUCCUGCACGCAUCACCAACAGCACGGAUAGAGCUGCUCUGGCUGCUCAAGCGCCUCGUGCAGGACGCUGCCGCGACCCCCGAGCACUUUGUGAUGGUCUGUCACGUUUUCGCAACCGCCACGGGGCCUGACGAGCAACCCAUUUGGCUCGCGCUGCUCCAUGAAUGGAUCGAGGUCGCCGCCAAGGACACCUCUCGCGACGUCGUGCUCUCCGCGGCCUACCUCAUCCCUCCAGUGCUCCAGCUGCACGCCGUCGCAUCGACGGCGUCCAUUGCCACGGCGUCGCUGCUGCACGUCGCCACCAAGUAUGCAUACGAUCAUCAGCGCGGAACGGCCGACGCCAUCACGAUCGUUCCCAACGAAGCAGGUGUCCUGACGCUGCGCUGUCACGUGUUUGCGUGCCGCGACGUGCUGGAGACUUUGCCAGCACCCAGCGGCGCGUGCGACCUGAGUGCGGUGCUUACGGCAGCCAGCGCGCUCGUUGCCUUUGGCUGGGCGCUUUCCAACGACCUCGUGGCCUACCUCGACGCCUGCGCAAAGCUGUGGCCCGAGGCGCGUAAGAUCGUGACCCCGUGCUUUCUGUACGUCGCAUCGACGAGGCAACACCCAGCGGUCCUCGCGACACUUCUCAACAUCCCCGGCACCAACCAGUGCACGUACUGCAGCGAGACGCACCCUCACGUCCUGGGCGACUGCUCGGUCCUCAAGACCGACAUCAGCGAGAAAAAGCCACUCCGAAAAGGCGUGGUCGUGCCGCCCACGUUCAACUGCUCAUACUGUCGCUAUCACGAGCUCCUCGAGGCGACGGGCCACGGCGCUCCAGCAAGCACGCGGAGACUCUUGUCGCCCAAACGCUGCUGA